AUAGGCAAAAUAGAAAUAAUUCCCAAACCAUCUCUGCGAGCAGCAAUCCAAGUAUGUCCGACAAAAAGCUUUCCAUAUUGUUACUGACUGGACCUCCAGGAGUUGGCAAAACCACUUUGGUACGCAAAGUUUGUCAGGAACUAUUGGAAACGCAUCGGAUUAACUGCAAUGGAUUUUACACUGAGGAGGUGCGAGAUUCAAAUCGGCAGCGUAUUGGAUUCGACGUUAUUACAAUAGCCGAAAAGAAGACAGCUAAAUUAGCAAGAGUGGAUGCCAAUAUCAAAGGUCCCUAUGUGGGAAAAUAUGGUGUAUUUGUUAAGGAUUUUGAAGAUACUACCCUGCCACUUUUGCGACAAUCCCAAACUCUACAAUUACUGGUUAUGGAUGAAAUUGGUAAAAUGGAAUUGAAAAGCAAACGAUUUGAAUGUUCUGUCUACAACUGUCUGGAGGUUGGCAGCACAAUUCUUGCAACGGUACCCUUUGAAAUGAGACAACCUUUGCCACUGGUGGAAAAACUUAAAACGCACCCGAAAGCCAAAACAAUUGUGGUAACUAAAGAAAAUCGCAAUAAUCUUCAAAAGGAGAUCAUUGAGGCAUUGCUAGACAUGAUUAUAAAGAAGUAAUAGUAGUAAAGAUUUAUAGAUAUUUUACAAAUCUAAAAAAUACAUUUCUUUUUAAUAACUUAAUUUUAUUCAGAA